AUGAAGCGUUCCCUACUAAUGCUGGCGAACAACAGCGCCGGAGCUGUAAGCACCGCGCGUCGGCGGUGCCACGGUCUUGGGCUGGCUUUCUUCUACGGUCAGCGCCAACGAACUACCCGCCAAGAGUCGGCGAAAGAAGAAAAUCAGCGUGUAAAGCAAAUAUGUAGACCGUUAACAGCAAAGAGGAAUCUAAAUCCCACUAAUGAUUAUAGCAACACCAAUAAUCCAAAAUAUGAUAAUCCAUAUGAUCCAAAUCGGAGAUUCUCUAAUAGAAAUCAAUAUGAUUUGAACCAAAACCAAUAUGAUAAUGAUCAGAAGUUAAACCAAUAUGAUAAUCGUAAUGAACCAGGGUUUGAUCAGAAUCCAUAUAAUGGAGAUAACACACCAAGACCUUCAUGGGACAAUAGCCGUACAUAUGGCACCUCAUACAAAAGUUUUGAUUUAGAUAAUGACAAUGUUAUUAUUAAUGAGGCCACAUACUUCAUAGUAGCAUCUCAAAUGGUGAGACCAGGACAAAUAUACAAAAUAUCUGCUAAUAUAUUAAGGGCUAGAUUACAAAUGACUAUAAGAGCUUCAAUAUCAUGCAAUGGAGUAGAAAUAGCAGAUGUUAUUGAAAAAGUGAAGGAAGGUGUACCCGAGAUUCUCAAUAUGAGGAUACCAGCUACAACAGUUCCUGGUGAUUAUAAACUUCGUGUGGAAGGCUUAUAUUUGGAUGACCCAUUUGGAGGACGCGCAUUUGUUAACGAGACACAGUUAAUAUUCUCUAAGAGAUUUAUGACAAUUUUCAUACAGAUGGACAAACCUGUGUAUAUGCAGAGUCAAACAGUACGAUUCCGGAUUAUUCCAAUAAAUACAGAGCUGAAGGCAUUCGGAAGGGCCAUCGACGUGUUUAUACUCGAUCCAAAUAGACGUAUUAUGAAGAGAUGGCUGUCAAGACAGAGCAACUUCGGUACAGUGAGUCUCCAGUACCAAUUGUCAGAUCAGCCACUAUUUGGUGAAUGGACAGUGCGUGUCGAGGCAUUGGGGCAGACUGAAGAGGCACAGUUUCUUGUUGAAGAGUAUUAUCAAACUAGAUUUGAGGUGAACGUGACGAUGCCGGCGUUCUUCUUCAACACGGAGCAGUACAUCCACGGGCGCGUGAUGGCCAACUACACGAGCGGCGCGCCCGUGCGCGGCAACCUCACGCUGCGCGCCACGCUGCGCCCCGUGCCGCAGCACCGCCCCGCGCACUACGCGCGCGGCCAGUUCAACAACCUCGGCCCGUACGGCGCGCCGCCCGCCGACCAGUACACGAGGGUGCGUCCGAACUACAACCCGUACCUGUACAACGAGUCGGAGUACUCGGAGUCGGAGGCGCGCUACCGGCCCGGCCAGCCCAACCAGAUCGACCAGCCCGGCUGGUGGUACGACCCGCAGAAGGUUUACACUAGGAUAUUUAACUUUGACGAAAAAUACCCCUUCUGGAUGCCGAAACCGGACCCCAUAGAGCUCAAUAAUAAUCUCAAUCCGAACAACCCCUACUACAACACAUACAGCACUUCAUCUACUUACAAUUAUAUUUAUAAUAACCCAAAUUACGACCAGCUGCCGUAUUUGAGAUUUUUCAACGGCACCUACGACUUCAAAUACCCAAUGUCGGAGCUCGCCCAGCUUGUGCCCACGCUGGACGGCGUGGAGCUGAUCAUCACCGCGUCCGUGGGCGACCCAUUCCUGGACGAGGUUAUAGAAGGAUACAGUAUCGCCAGGAUAUUCAAUUCGUCAUUAACCGUCACAUUCCUUGGCGGUGAAUUGCAAGUGUUCAAACCGGCUAUGCCUUUUGAUGUUUAUAUGGUGGUAUCGUACCACGACGGGUCGCGGCUGCCGGCGUGGCAGGCGGCGGGCGUGGCGCUGACGGUGACGGCCACGCUGGAGGGCCGCGGCGGCGUGGUGGAGCCGCAGCGCCCCAUGCUGCUGCCCGGGCAGGACGCCGUCUGGCAUCUGAAGAUAGACUUGUACAAGUUGCUCAAAUUAGAGAACACGUCGGACUACCGCGACACACUGAACGCAAUAACGGGUAUCCGGCUGAACGCGCAGCUGACGGACGCGCGCGGGUCGCGCGCCUCGGCGGACGUGCGGCUGGUGGCGCACCGCAGCCCCGGCCACCACCACAUACGUGUGUCUACCACCACCACUGACGCUAGGGUUGGCGAGUACGCAAUAUUCCACGUUCAGAGUAAUUUCUAUAUGGAGACAUUCAAUUGGAUCGUCAUGUCCAAAGGAAUUAUACUGACAAGUGGUCAAGAGAUCAUGCAGGAGGGCGUGCGCACAUUCGCGGUGGGCGUGUCGGCGGAGAUGGCGCCGGUGUGCACGCUGCUGGUGUGGGCGCACCGCCGCCGCGCGCUCGUGUUGGCCGACUCGCUCACCUUCCCCGUCAACGGCAUCAAUAUUAAUAAUUUCACGGUGAUAGUGAACAACCGCAAGCACCGCACGGGCGAGCGCGUGGAGGUGGCGGUGUACGGCGAGCCCGGCGCCUACGUGGGGCUCUCCGGCAUCGACCACGCCUUCUACACCAUGCAGGCCGGCAACGAGCUCAGCUACGCUAAGGUGAUAUCAAAAAUGUCGCACUUCGAUGAGGCAACAAACGGCACAUUCGCGUACACGUGGCGCUCGCACUUCGGAGACGCGGACGAGCUCGUGUACUUCCCCUCGCCGAGUUUUGGUAUUGACGCCAAUCGCACUUUUGAAUACGCGGGUCUGAUAGUGCUGAGCGACGUGUCGGUGUGGCGGCGCGCGUCCGCCUGCAACGCGUCGCUGGGGCUGGCCGAGUGCCUGGACGGCGCCUGCUACCCGCACGACCGGCGCUGCGACGGCGUGGCCGACUGCAACGACCGCACCGACGAGACCAACUGCCAGCACGACGAUUCAUUCGAGCUGGCGCACUUCCGCAAGUUCCGGUUCAACCGCAUCCUGCGGCAGUACACCAACGUGUGGGCGUGGCGCGACGUCAACAUCGGGCCGCACGGCCGCUACGUGUUCACGCUGCCCGUGCCGCCCGACCCCGCGCGCUGGACCAUCUCCGCCUUUGCCAUGUCGCCCGCCGGCCUCGGCAUGCUCGCCAGGCCCAUCAACUACGUGGGCAUCCUGCCCUUCUUCAUCAAGAUCGAGGGCCCGGACCGGUGCCGCCAGGGCGAGCAGCUGGGCCUGCGCGUCGCCGUCUUCAACUACCAGGAGCAGGCCAUCGAGGCCGUGGUGGUGCUCGCCUCCUCGCCCGACUAUAAGUUCGUGCACGUCGAGGAGAACGGCAUUGUGCGGUCGUACAACCCGCGCACGUCGUACGGCGAGCACCAGUUCUUCGUGUACAUCCUGGCGGGCGACGCGGCCUUGGUGCACCUGCCCGUGGUGCCGGCGCGCCUGGGCCGCGUGCGCGUGGACGUGCGCGCCGCCGCGCUGCAGGGCGAGCACCGCGCCCACAAGUAUAUAGAAGUAGAGGCCGACGGCAUCCCGCAGUACCGCCACCAGUCCGUGCUGCUGGACCUGUCCAACCGCGCGUACGUGUUCCAGUACAUGCACGUCAACGUCACCGAGACCCCCAUCAUCCCCUACGAGGUGGACCGCUACUACGUGUUCGGCUCCAACAAGGCGCGCAUCUCCAUAGUGGGGGACGUAGUCGGACCGCUCUUCCCCACCAUGCCUGUUAAUGCUACCAGCCUCCUCGAUUUGCCAAUGGACUCGGCCGAGCAGAACAUGUUCAGCUUCGCGGCGAACAUGUACCUGACGCUGUACAUGCGCCUCAUCAACCAGCGCAACCGCACGCUCGAGCGCGACGCCUUCUACCACAUGAACAUAUACUACCAGCGGCAGCUCUCCUUCAUGAAGCACGACGGCUCCUUCAGCUUGUUCCGAAGCGAUUGGAACCAAUCAGAAUCAAGCGUGUGGCUGACGUCAUUCUGCGCUAAAAUAUUCCAGGAAGCUUCAUUCAAUGAAUGGGAGAAUUUCAUCUAUAUUGAUCCUGAUGUGAUAUCGAUGGCGGUGUCGUGGGUGCUGGAGCACCAGACGCCGGAGGGCGCGUUCUACGAGCGCACGUGGCUGCCCGACCGCAACGCCAACAGCACCAUCGCCGUGCCCAUGGACUCGCAGCUCUACCGCGACGCCGGCGCGCAGCUGCACGGGCGACAGGUUAACAACUCUAUAAUACUGCAACGAAACAUCACACUGACUGCGCAAGUCGUUAUUACACUGGAGACUGUGAAGAAUCUCAAAGAUAUUGGCAUAAGAGAGGGGCUGAGCGCGCGCGUGGCGACGGCGCAGCAGCGCGCGGUGGAGUGGCUGGAGCGGCACCUGCAGCUGCUGCACGAGUGCGGCGAGCCGCUGGCGCUGGCGCUGGCCGCGUGCGCGCUGGCCGCCGCCAAGGCGCCCGGCGCCGAGCACGCGUACCGCCUGCUCAAGCGCCACCAGCGCACUGAGGGCGGGCUGAUGUACUGGGGCAAGGAGCCGGUGCCGCAGCCGCCGUACAAGAUGGAGAACCAGAAGCCGUUCCUGCUGCCGCGGCUGCCAUACACGUAUGACUCCAACAACAUCGCCGCCACCGCCUACGCGCUGCUCGCCUGCAUGGACCAUCAGGAUAACAACGAGCCGAUUGUCAUGUGGCUUAACUCUCAACGUCUUAAAGAUGGCGGCUGGGCGUCUACUCAGGACACGUACAUAGCUCUGCGCGCGCUGAUCGAGUACACGAACCGCAAGCGGCUGCGCGACGUGAGCUCGCUGCACGUGAGCGUGGAGGCCGUGGCGCUGCGCGGCGGCGCGCGCUCCCUACGCGUGCGCAACGACAACCUCGCCACCAUGCAGACCAUCGACAUCCCGGAGGCGUGGGGCACGGUGAAGGUGACGGCGCGCGGCGCGGGCUACGCCGUGCUGCAGAUGUCGGUGCAGUACAACGUGGACACGCCGCGCUUCCAGACCGCGCCGCCGCUGCGCGCCUUCGACUUGCUCGCCAACGCGCACUACUACGGCCGCAAUCAGUCGCACAUUCGAUACCAGACCUGCGCCAGCUGGACGUUGACUCAAGAGUCGCCGCGCUCCGGCAUGGCGGUGCUGGAGGUGAGCAUCCCCACCGGCUACAUGAUCCAGCAGCAGCGCCUCGACUCGUACGUGCUGUCGCGCUCCGUGCACCUGCUGCAACGCGCGCGCUACACGCCGGAGAAAGUCGUCUUCUAUUUUGAUUAUCUGGAUCACGAAACGACGUGUGUGAACUUCACGAUCGAGCGCUGGUACCCCGUCGCCAACAUGUCGCGCUACCUGCCCAUACGUGUCUACGAUUAUUACGCGCCCGAGCGUUUCAACGAGAGCAUAUUCGACGCCUUGCCAACGUACUUACUGAACAUCUGCGAAGUGUGCGGCUCCUCGCAGUGCCCGUACUGCGCCAUCUACAACGGCGCCGCGCGCCUCACCGCGCUGUUGCUGGUGCCCACUCUGAUUGCGAUUGUAUACAAUAUACUAUAUAACACG